AUGGACGAAGAGGAGAAGGAGAAUUUUGAUGAAAGAGCUGAUACUUCGUUGUCGAAUUCCACGUUUAACACAACUACAAGCUCACAAAGGUGCUUUUUAAGCGAUCCCUCUGGAAAACAAUUCCAAAAAUCGUGUUAUUUUCAGAGUCGAAAAUCAGGAGGCUGAAAUUGAUGAGUGGGGAUUUUUGGACUUGAAAAAUUUGCAACUCACACAUUUGUCGAAAAAUCUGAUCUCGGAAUAUGCGAAAUGUCGAACUUUGGAUAUUAGUCAAAAUGAGUUUCGAUAUUUUAAUUAUUUCGAGUUUUUCAAGAAACUUGAAGUUUUGAAUGCAAGCGAUAAUAUGAUGCAGAAGUUUCAAGCGAUUCAUCAUGUGAAAUUGUGAGUUUUUUUUGGGAUGACGUGGCAAAAUUAGAGGGAUUUUUUGAAAAUUUCAAAAGUUUACUUUGUAGAUUUUAAGUUUCAAAAAAAAAACUGAACAAUUAUAAUUCCAUAGUUGUGACGUGGCAAUCUUUAUCUGAAGUUCAAGAUUUUAAAAAUUUAUAUUUUCAGAGCGGAAUCUUGAUUUUCCCACGUAAAUUAUUUCAUUUUAAGUUGAAAACACAAAAAGUUCCAGAAAAUCUCCAUUUUUUCUUGCCAAUUUUCGGACGUAGCCAAAGCCACGUCAUAAUUUCCCUCUUCCCACAUCAAAAUUUUGCAUUUUCUAGACGCGAAUUGAACUUGUCAAACAACCAACUAAAAUCUAUAACUGGAAUAAAUCGCUUCGAAAAUCUAACAAAACUCGAUGUUUCGUGUAAUUCUCUCGAACAAGAUUUCGCAUUGAAUUUUCCGAAUUUAUUGCAUUUGGACUUGUUUGGCAAUUCUUUAACCAAAAUUCCCGAUUUAUCGAAAUGCGAAAAAUUGCAGUUUUUGCAUUUGUCAGCGAAUAAAAUUGAAACUUUACAUGUAAGUUUUUCUGUGUUUUUAUAUUUAUUUGAAAAAUGCGUUUUUUGUAGAAUAUCUCUUCGCUAAUCUCAUUGGAAAUACUCGACAUCUCAUCAAAUAAUAUUAUUGAUCUCUCUGAAUUUUCGAAUCUCACACAUUUGAAAAAUCUCGAAUUCUUGUACACUUCAAACAAUCCUUGCAUCACCUCAACUCUUGCAUUUUUCGAUCCUCGAAUUUAUUUGAUCGCAGUUUGCGGUGAGAAAUUGGAACAAAUCGAUGGAUUGGAUAUUGAGGAUGAAGUGAGAACAAAUGGCGAAUGGUUGAGUAUUCAGGGACAAGUUCGACGAAUUCAACCAGGAAAUCAUGAGGAACUUUGUGAAAAGAUUGCCAAACAUUUUCCGGCUGAAGAAUUGGAGGCGCCAUUGACACCGGCUCAAUUGACUUGUAAAAAAGUGCUGAAAAAACGGAGAGAAAGUGAAAGUCAACAAACUAGCGAAAGAACUUCGGGCUCCGCUUAUUCACCAUUUCGAGAAUGGAAUGGGAAAAUGGACAAAUUGAAUGAAAGUAUCGAAAAAAUCAAUUUGAAGAGUAGCACACCAAAAAGGAUUACCAUGGGUUAGUCUUAAGUUUUAAUCUAAUUUAUUUAAAAAAAAUAUAUUUGGAAAAAAAUUCAGAAAAUCCGAGAAAACGGUUUUGGGUAAGUUCUGAUUGCUUGAUUUUCCCUUUUGUGUGAUUAACUUUUUUCACCACGACUUAUUUUUUAAAAUUACUUUCAAAUCUUUUUUUCCAGAAGAUGUUGCUCAUGCUAAGGAGCAAAGAGCCAAUAGCUCAAUGAGAAUUUGUUCACCAAAUCGUAGGAAGUCAACAGAUCCACCGAUGUAUCAGUGGAAUCAGGAGAAACAUCUACAAAGAACUGAUUCGACUGAUUCAACAUUGACUGUUGUUUUAUCAUCAGCGAGAGUUGAUCCAACACCAACACCGAUUAUGGAUUCGGAAAAAUCGAAUAGAAUUCCUAGUGUGGCGGAAGUUAUUGAAGAAAGUCCGAGAAAGAAUUCGGAGUUGGAACAAAGAGUUCGAGCACUUGAAGAACAAAUGAGAGAAAUGGCGAAACAAAAUCAGAAUUUGACAAAGAUGAAUGAGGAAUUGACGGAUUUCUUUAUGAAUUUUAUCAAGUCACAGACACCAACGCCGAAGAAUUUGAGUAUGAAAUUGCUCAAAGAGUCGAAUGAUACUUAUGUUGUGAAAUGGGAUUUACCCAUUGUUCAAGGUGAGGAUUUUGAGGGAUUUUGGAACUGGGCUAGAAAUCAUUCAUGAAAUCUCAUCUUUUUUGAGGCUAUGAAAUUUGGAUUGAUGGAAAAAGUUGCGGGAAAGUUGUUGGAAAAAAUAACACAGCCAGGAUCACGGAUUUGGAUGAAUAUAAGGAACACACUGUGCAAGUUAGGGUAAGUCACCCCCGUUUUUUAAUCUCCUAAAUUACUAUUUUAGGCGAUUUCAACGAGUGGGAACCUUGGCGAGUUAUCGGAAGUUUUGAAAAUCCCAGCCAGCAAAAAUUAA